AUGGCGAAUCAAUACGCAUCUCAGGUCACCGCGACUCAGGUUGGUUCGUACUUUGUUCAGCAAUACUAUCAGGUGUUUCAGCAGCAGCGGGAUUACGUGCAUCAGUUCUACAAUGAGUCGAGCACCAUGCUUAGAGUUGACGGCGAAAUCAGCCAUUCAGCGUCUGAUAUGGUGAAAAUUCAUCAACUGCUCAUGUCACUCAAUUUCACUGGUAUUGAGAUCAAGACAAUUAAUUCCCUUGAAUCCUGGAAUCGCGGUGUUCUUGUGGUUGUUACUGGCUCCGUCAAGUCGAUAGAUUUCAAUUAUUGGAGGACAUUCGUGCAGACCUUUUUCCUUGCUCCACAAGAGAAAGGUUAUUUUGUUCUGAAUGAUAUGUUCCAUUUUGCUGAUAAUGAAGUGGCACACCAAUCUUCAUCUCAAGUACCAACACAGGAACGGAAUGUUGAUUAUCACCCGACUAUUUCUACUCAUCAUCCUGAUCCACCCGCAGUGUCUGAUUAUGCACUGGAAGAGGAGGCAGCAGAAUAUGUUCACUCUGUUCAUAUUGACAGAGAUGAGCCAGUUCAGGAUUUUGCUUACCAAGAGCAUCUUCAGCCGGAAGCCCAGCACGAGAUGCAGCCUGAGCUUGAGCCCGAGUUGGAGUCUGAGGUUGACAGACUUGAUGAGGGAACUCCUUAUGAAGAACCUAACCCGUUGCUUCAACAUACAGUAACUACGGUGCAAGAACCUCACCUUUCUGUCGAGGAAUCUAUUAGAGAACCUGAGAAGCUGACCUAUGCUUCUAUACUGAGAGCUAAAGGAAAAUCUCCACCAUCAUUAAGUUCUCAGCCGGCUUUCACUCAGAGAUCACCUGUUACAGAUUGGAACCAUGUGUCCAAACCUUUGCAGCAACACUCAACCCCAAAUCCAGCAAAUUCUGCUUCGGAUGUAAGGGAAGAUGCAUUGUCAUCACAUGAGGGAGAACCGAAAUCUGUCUAUGUGAGGAACUUGCCUUCUACCAUCACAAGUAUGGAUAUUCAGCAAGAAUUUGAGAAUUUUGGGAGAAUCACGUAUGAUGGAGUCUUUUUGAGGAAUCGCGCGGAUACUGGCGUCUGCUAUGCCUUUGUCGAGUUUGAAGAUAUUCAGAGUGUUAGGAACGCACUUCAGGCUUCUCCUAUUCAAUUGGCUGGAAGGAAAGUGUACAUUGAGGAGAGAAGACCCAACAGUGGUGCCUCUCGUGGUGGAAGAAGUGGAGGAAGAGGCAGAGGCCGUGGUGGGAGGACUUAUGGCAAGUGA